GGUCGGGUCCGGGGUGGCUCCGGUCCGGCGUCCAGGCCUUGGCGCUUUGUGUCUCUGUGCCCAGACCCCAGGCCGCCAUGGCGCUGCGUGCGGUCGUGUUCGACCUUGAUGGAGUGUUGGCGCUGCCCUCGGCCAUCGGCUCCCUCGGCCGCGCCGAGGAGGCCCUGGCGCUGCCCAGAGGCUUCCUGAAUGACCCUUUCCUGAAGGAAGGCCUGGAUGGCCCCAUUGCUCGCCUCAUGAAAGGACAGAUCACGUUCUCCCAGUGGGUGCCACUCAUGGAAGAAAACUGCAGGAAACGCUCAGAAGCUUCUGGAAUCCGCCUCCCCGCGAAUUUCUCUAUCAACCAAAUCUUUUGCAAGGCGAUAUCAGCAAGGAACAUCAACCGCCCCAUGCUUCAGGCAGCUCUUGAUCUUAGAAAGAAGGGGUUUGUGACCUGCAUCCUCACCAACAACUGGCUGGAUGACAGCGCCACGAGGGACAGCCUGGCCAAGCUCAUGUGUGAGCUGAACCCACACUUCGACUUCCUGAUAGAGUCCUGUCAGGUUGGGAUGGUCAAGCCCGAGCCUCAGAUCUACAAGUUCCUACUGGACACCCUGAAGGCCAAGCCCAGCGAGGUGGCUUUCCUAGAUGACAUCGGGACUAAUCUGAAGCCGGCCCGUGACUUGGGAAUGGUCACCAUCCUCGUCCACGACACCAACACUGCCCUGAGAGAACUGGAGAGAGUCACUGGGACGCAGCUGCUCCACUCUGUGGCCCCUCCCGCGAUCCCCUGCAGCCCAAGAGACGUGAGCCAUGGGUACGUGACAGUAAAGCCUGGGGUCCGUCUGCAUUUUGUGGAGCUGGGCUCCGGCCCCGUGGUGAUCUUCUGCCACGGGUUUCCUGAGAGCUGGUUCUCUUGGAGGUACCAGAUCCCUGCUGUGGCUCAGGCGGGUUACCGGGUUCUGGCUAUGGACAUGAAAGGCUAUGGAGACUCGUCCUCCCCUCCAGAAAUAGAAGAAUAUGCCAUGGAAGUGUUAUGUAAGGAAAUGGUCACCUUCCUGGAUAAGCUGGGCAUCCCGCAAGCAGUGUUCAUUGGCCACGACUGGGCCGGCGUGCUGGUGUGGAGCAUGGCUCUCUUCUACCCCGACCGAGUGAGGGCAGUGGCCAGUGUGAACACUCCCUUCAUGCCAGCAAAUCCCAAGGUGUCCCCCAUGGAGAUUAUCAAAGCCAACCCAGUUUUUGAUUACCAACUCUACUUCCAAGAACCAGGUGUGGCUGAGGCUGAACUUGAAAAAAACCUGAGUCGGACUUUCAAAAGCUUCUUCAGAGCCAGCGAUGAGGGCUUUCUGGCUGUGCACAAAGUCCGAGAAGUGGGAGGACUCUUUGUGAAUACCCCGGAAGAGCCCAGCCUCAGCAAGAUGGUCUCGGAGGAGGACAUUCAGUUCUAUGUGCAGCAGUUCAAGAAAUCUGGCUUCAGAGGUCCCCUCAACUGGUAUCGAAACAUGGAAAGGAACUGGCAGUGGGGCUGCAGGGGCUCUGGACGGAAGAGGAGAGCUGCACUCCCCCCAGCAGGACAGCACAGGGAGUCUGGGCAUGGAGUGGACGUCCUGCCGUGCCAGGCAGCAGGCCAGGCCUCGGAUACUGUGGUUGAUGCAGCAGGGCUGGCCCUGACCUCCAGAAUCCUGAUCCCAGCCCUGAUGGUGACAGCAGAGAAGGACGUUGUGCUGACCCCUCAGAUGUCCAAGAACAUGGAGGACUGGAUCCCCGACCUGAAAAGGGGACACAUUAAGGAUUGUGGGCACUGGACACAGAUGGAGAAGCCUGCUGAGUUGAAUCAGAUCCUCAUUGAGUGGCUGCAGGCUAAUGUCAGGAACCCACCAGUGAUUUCAAAGAUUUAGCCUGUGGCAGUAGCCGGCAGCGCUCCAUCUGCUGGGAAGCCCUGUUUGUAUCCAGAUGUGGCCUCCUGUGCACCUCUCAAGACCAGUGGCUUUGUUCCAAGGGAUUUGCCCAAAAGUGGUCUUUACAUGAAGUUAAUCAAAUAUGCUGUGAUUUUAAAUCCAGGAGGAAUCACCCGUAGAUUACCUGGGUACGAUGCAUCAUCACUUCAUCUCUGAGGAUGGUUAGUGCCCUGAAUGCAGUACCCACCUGGUCACGUUGACUGACCAAUUUAUAGUUUUGCAGCCAAGUCUGCAGUUCAUUUUGAAGUAUUUCAGCAGAGAUUGGGAUCCUUUACUCAAUAAAUCUAAGAUGGCUUUG